GGACGCAUCACGAACUUUACAUUUCACGAUUUCUUUGAGAUCGAACUAUCCCGUAAGACGCUCCGCAAUUUCUUCAACGCAAUUUCAAAAUGGCCUUUUUUUCAUCGCAAAACAAUCGAUGGGCCGGCGUAAAAAGAGACUACACCCCAGAAAUGGUAGAGCGCUUACGGGGUUCUGUUCAAAUUGAAUAUACUCUGGCGAAGAUGGGCGCUGAGAAACUCUGGAAUUAUAUCAGCCGUGGAGGCGCCAGUUAUGUGAACGCACUCGGCGCUCUCACAGGUGGCCAAGCCGUGCAGAUGGCAAAAGGAGGUCUCAAGGCGAUCUACCUGAGCGGAUGGCAAGUGGCCGCUGAUAAUAACGAGGCCGGCCAGACUUACCCCGACCAGAGCCUCUACCCUGCCAACUCUGCCCCUAAACUGGUGCAGAAAAUCAACAAUGCACUUGUGCGUGCAGAUCAGAUUAACCACAUGGAAGGCAACAACUCCACUGACUUCUUCCUGCCAAUCCUGGCCGAUUGUGAAGCUGGUUUCGGUGGUCCCUUAAAUGCCUUUGAACUUGUGAAGGCAAUGAUUCAAGCUGGAGCAGCCGGGGUUCACUUCGAAGACCAGCUUGCUUCAGAGAAGAAGUGUGGUCAUCUUGGAGGAAAAGUGCUUGUCCCGACAAGACAGUUCAUAAAGGUGCUUAAUGCAGCUCGACUAGCAGCCGACACUAUGGGUGUACCACUUGUGAUUGUUGGGCGCACUGAUGCAAAUGCUGCUGCCUUGGUCACCAGUGACAUUGAUCCCAAUGACAGACCAUUCCUGACUGGUGAGAGAACUCCAGAGGGAUUCUUCUGUUCCCGCCCAGGACUUGACCAGGCCAUUGCUCGUGCUCUGGCAUACGCACCUUAUUGUGAUAUGCUAUGGUGCGAAACUGGCAAACCCAACAUUGAGGAAGCAAGAAGGUUUGCCAAUGCUAUCCAUGCAAAGUUCCCUGGAAAACCACUCGCUUACAACUGCUCACCUUCAUUCAACUGGAAGGCUAACCUCAGUGAUGCAGAGAUUGCUGUCUUCCAAAAGGAACUUGGAAAAAUGGGUUACAGAUUCCAGUUUGUUACACUUGCUGGAUUCCACAGUCUCAACCAUGGGAUGUUCAAGCUUGCAAGUGACUAUAGAGAUCAUGGAAUGACAGCCUACACCAAACUACAAGAGGACGAGUUCGCCCAGGCAAAGUAUGGGUUCACUGCACACAAGCAUCAAAGAGAAGUUGGCACAAGCUACUUUGACAAAGUUUCCAUUGCAGUCAGUGGGGGCAAGAGUUCUGUGACAGCAAUGGCUGGCUCAACAGAGGAGGAACAGUUCACACAGAAAUCUGCAUAUGCUGCAUCAAAGUUAUAAAAUGCAGUUAUUUUCCAUGUCAAAGAGACGAUUUCAUUUUAUUUAAUAUUUUUUCCUUCGAGGUUUUGUAUAUUUUUUUUAACAAAUGAACAAUAACAUUUUACCAAUCCUAUUUAAACAAAACAAAUGCUUUAAUUUCCCACUUUCCAAUGCCUUAUUUGUAAUAGUUUAGUAUUGUAAUGUAGUUAAUGUAGAUAUGUGUAUCUUAGGCUAUUGUUAAUAAAUAUUUAUCUCUUCAAAUA